UAGGCUGGGCAUGCCGGGGGCUUGGAGGUAGGCAAUGCCAACCGUGGUGCCAAGGCCUUGGGAGACGCGUGUAUGCAGGAGGGCUCGGUGUCUCGGUGCCUUUACGUCCUGGAGGGCGCAUUUCCUCUGGAGUCGCCAUUAACCAUCGACCACUCGAGGAGGAUGAAAGGCUGGGCUGCCGCUCCUCCUGCUAUGAUGCCUGGGCAGAUUCCAGACCCUUCCGUGACUGCGGGCUCUCUGCCAGGGCUCGGCCCCUUGACCGGACUCCCUGGCUCGGCUUUGACUGCAGAGGAGCUGAAAUACGCCGACAUCCGUAACAUUGGGGCCAUGAUCGCUCCCUUGCACUUCCUGGAGGUGAAACUGGGCAAGAGGCCCCAACCCGUGAAAAGUGAGCUAGAUGAGGAAGAGGAGCGGAGGAAAAGGCGCCGGGAGAAGAACAAAGUGGCGGCGGCCCGAUGCCGGAACAAGAAGAAGGAGCGGACGGAGUUUCUGCAGCGGGAAUCUGAGCGGCUGGAGCUCAUGAACGCGGAGCUGAAGACCCAGAUCGAGGAGCUGAAGCAGGAGCGGCAGCAGCUCAUUCUGAUGCUGAACCGGCAUCGCCCCACCUGCAUCGUCCGGACGGACAGCGUCAAGACCCCCGAGUCCGAAGGCAACCCGCUGUUGGAGCAGCUAGAGAAGAAGUGACCAUGGGCUGGGCGAAGGAAGAGGAGGAAGAGGAGGAGGAGGAGGAGGAUUUGGGAAGAGGGUAGAGGACGAGGGGUCCCAGAGGGCCCUUCCUCGCUGCAUGACAAACUUGACAAGGAGGCUCAGCACAGCCAGCGCGGGCCGGGCCUUUUUUGUGAAACUCAGAUCAGCCACACGAGGGGCAGAACGGCUGAGGGAACUAGAAGGACCAAGCGCUGAGACCAAAGCAGACCCUCGGGCGGGGCUGGCCUGCUGGGGCCCAGCUCGAAGGAGGCAGCACAGAGACCAGAGACAGCCAGCGAGAGACACCCCAACCCAAUGGCCUCGGGCACUUCCCGGCCCCCCCACCGGGCCCACUGAGGGACCUGGGAGCAGCCAGGAAAAGCCAUGAGUUGCAAACAAAACGCGGCUGGGGACGAACUCCGAGUCCAACUGCAGCCUGCCGGCCCCCAGCCCUGCCUGCCGACCCUGAAGCCCGGCUGGACGGGGUGCCAUGCGGGGCCCUGCCGUCCCCGCCCCCUGGGCCCAGCGUGGGGGGCCCCCCCGGGAGCGGCAGCCGGGGCGCACCCUCGCCCGCCCUGCUGGAGUUUGCUGUGGGCACGAGGCGCGGGCGCCCUUCCAAAGCACAUACUCACCGAAUGUUUACAGACUGGCUGUCCUGGCAGGGCUUUCAACUGCACAUGUUUUUUAUACUUUCUUUUUUUUUUUUUUAAUAUUUUUUACAAAAAAAAAAGAUUUUAUACAAGCAAUAUAUAUAUGGAUUUCUAUAAUCACUCGAUGUGAUAUAGUAUAAAUAUGCUAUGGUUUGUUUGUUACGAACAGAUAUCCAGCAGUUAUGGCCAUUGUGUGUAACUCCUAAGUACUGUAGUAGUCUCUGGGUGUUGGGGGUGGCCGGGGCGGGCAUGGGGUGCAUUUCCAUCCUGGUAAACCCUUCCUAGUACUCAGUCCUGUAUCGCUCAGUAAACGUUACUCUUACUUA